AUGGGAAAAUCCUCAUUGGCAACAACAAGAAACAAAAAGGCACAAAUCGAAGAAGACUCUGAAUCGGAAAGCGGUGAAUCAGGAAUUGCAGAAAUCAAAAAGGAAGCCGAUGAUAUCCUUGAAGAGGAUCAAUCAUUCCUUGUAGAUCACUCAGCCGAUCUAGACUUCUCGUUCCUGGAGGAUGACCCCUCUGAAGCGCGCGAUCCAGACAAAUCUUUCCUUCCGGAUGAUUCUGUCCUGACAAAUCAAACCGUGGAUCAAACAGUGGAUCAAUCAGAAGGUCGCACCCAGCCACAAGCGGCUGCAUCCCUUCCCAAAGGCGCGGAAGAAAAGCAAGAUUUGUGUCAAAUGGCUCCGUCAAAGGCGCCUCUUUGUUUGAAGUUGAAGGUCACGGCUCCGAAAGAACCAAAACCAAGCCCAGGCGCUCUAGCAGGAUCAGGAAAGUCGUGUAGGGUGUAG